UGAAGUCGAACAAGCCUUAUGACUGAUUCGUGAAUGAAUUGUUCUUUUGAGUCGGAUCUUUUCAAGGAAUCGGUUGAGCUGGAGCGUACAACCGGUGUGAAUGAUUUAAAGUAUUUAGUAGAUUUGGCAUAUGAUAAAUUAAAUUACAGAAAGGACUCUUAUAAAUAAAGCGAACAAAAAGCCUAAAUGUAGCCUUAGAGCUUAAUGGGACUGAGUAGUGACUUGGGUUUUGACAAAAAUAAUGGCAGUUUUUGAACCGUUCAAAAGAACCGAUUUGUGAAAUUGAAUCGAACCAGCCAUGCGUAGAUUGCGUACUAACUUCCGGCUAAUCAAGUGACUUGCAGAGAUAGCGCUGUCAGUGCUUUCACCCCAAAGUAGCAAAUUAGGCGCCUAUUUGAAAACGCAAGAGGAGGGACAGUUUGUGAUUGACCCUGGGCGCAAAGCAUGAACAUCAUAUAACCUCCCGACGUUGUUAACAGGAUCUCUAUAGCUGCGCAAUGCUCGCUUUUGGCUUAACGAUAGUUCGACAUGGUGAGACGCAGUGCAACAAAGAUGGCCUUUUACAAGGUCAGAAAAUAGACUCUCCACUUUCUGAAAUUGGGAUACAGCAGUCUGAGGCUGCUGGUCAGUACCUCAGGGAUGUAAAAUUCACAAAUGUGUUUGUCAGUGACAUGAAACGUGCCAAGCAGACCGCAGAGAUCAUUGCGAGGAACAACAGAACCUGUCCUGAUAUAGAGCUAGUAGCAGAUCCAUCACUUAAAGAGAGAAGUUUUGGUAUAGCUGAGGGAGGACGAGUUAUAGAAAUGAAAAACAUGGCUAAAGCAGCCGGACAGCCUCUGCCAGAGUUCACUCCGCCUGAGGGAGAGACCAUGGAGCAGGUAAAAGUGCGAAUCAAGGGUUUUCUCAAGACUAUGUUCCACCGAAUAGCUAAUGAACAUCAAGACAAAAUACAAGAUGGUGGAACAUCCCUAGCAGAUGAAACUGACAGGGCUCAAGCAGGACUUCCAGAUGAUGGAGUCUUGAAUGUGCCUGUCCAUGCCCUGGUGGUUGGCCAUGGGGCUUAUAUGAGCAUAGCUAUGAAGUAUUUCUUUGAGGACCUGAAGUGCCCCAUGCCCCAUGGUUUAGACCCUUCUCAAAGGUAUUCCAUCUGCCCCAACACCGGAAUGUGCCGAUUUCUUAUCACUUUGAAAUGUAAUAAUGUAGACCCUGCACUUUCAGAUGUGAAAUGUGUGUUCAUUAACAGAAGAGAUCACAACUGAACAGAGAUGACAUCACUGAAUUUAAUGAUGAACUGCCUUUAACUAUCAUUUUGCGUUAUUGACACACUGUUUUCCUAAUGAAUGUUGUUCAGUUGCUUUGACGCAAUGUAUUUUGUUUAAAGCGCUAUAUAAAUAAAGGUUACUUGACUUGACAUCAAGGCUUAGAUUUAGAUUAAGAACAACAGUUUUAACAUUUAUAAGGUAAAACGUAAGAAAUCAACAAAAUGUUUACAUGGUACGCCAAAAAAAAAAGAAGUCCUACUGUAUUCAAUCACUUUAACCAAAA